ACUUAUGGUGAUAAGUUAAAAGUUCGAGAUCAUUUCAGAAUAUUCCUUUUUUUUUGUACUAUUUGUUAAUGAGAAUGUCUUGCAGAUAUAACUCUGACACUUGACGGAAUCUAUUGCGUGACUCUAUGAUUAAUCAGUUUUUAGAGCAGGUUCUUUCAUUUGAUUAGUUAAUCUCAUAUGAAAUAUCAUCUUAAAUACUACUUAUCAUAAACAAAUAUUUAAUAUUGUAUAGAUUAAUUAUUCGUAUUUUAUUCUUAGAGAAAAAGAAAAAUUUUUUUUGUAUAUUUUAGCUCAAAAUUGAAGAUGAUUCCGAACUCAUCUCACCAUCAUCAUCAUCAUCAUUAAUAAAAUCUAAAAAGAAAACAAAACUUAUAUCUAGUCCAUCAUCAACAACUAAAUUUCAACAACGUUUACAAUUAGUACAAAAUUAUUUAAUUGAUCAACAUCCAUCAAUAAAUGAUACAGUUAAAAGACAAUUAUUUAAUGAAAUAAAAUCAACAAAAAAACGAAAAACAUCAAUAUCAAUUCCAUUACCAACAAAUAUAACAAAUAAUGAACAUUGUACAGAUAUAUUUCAAAAUAAAUUAUCAACAUUAAUAUCAUUAUUACAUGAAUGUUCAUUAUUAAAUUCAUCAGCAUUAAAACGUGCACAUUUACAAUCAGAUAAUGAACAAACAUGGCAAAAAUUAAAUUCUAUUGAACGUGAUCUUGAAACAUUAAUUGAAAAACUUGAUACUAUGAGUAAUAAUCAUAAUAAUUCAAAUAUGGAAAAAGCAUUUGAUAAUCUUGCUCAAUUAUUAACAGAUUGGAAUAAAUAUGAAGAAGAAUUCGAUCAACAAUUAGAAGAGUUAUUUAUUAUCGAUCAAUAG